AUGUCUCUCUCUAUUGUUCAAUUGCCACCUCUAAGUCGGGACCGACAUGCUAAGCACUGCACCUUACCUUCGCUUCGAUCGGUUUGUCCCGACGAGCGACCGUUGCCUGUACGCCACCAUCACAACCGGACAACUUCUUUGCCACUACGACAACAGGCUCUAUCACUCGAUAUUCUUGUGGACGCAAUCGAUCUUGAUCGACGUCUAGAGAAUAAGUACCGACAGCACUGUUCACACUCUCAUUUCCGCCAGGCUCUCCACUCACCUUACUCAGCCUCGCUUUUUCGGAAACGGAUCCACUCGGCACCCUCUCGCUUGUCCAACCCAGAGACCUGUUCCACCUCAAGUACUUGUGGAACUUCAACUCAUUGGCGAGUACCUUUGGCCGAAGGUGAACAGUCUGUCUGUCCAGAAGCAGCAGCUGCGGCAAUUGUUCAACAACACAUAGCUCGAUGCUUAAAACGAUGA